AUGGGAAGGGUUUGCGUAGACUACUUUGACCUCUCACCAUCGAGUCGGGGGGACAUUACGUCGGGGUCCAGUCCCAAGUCCAACGACAGGGCCAAUAUUACUGGUAAGAUCAAGUAUAGGCGGCCAAGUGCAACGAGAUCAUCAAUCUCGUCGAUUUAUAGUGGCGAGUCUAACACACGCAGGUCUUCCAGUCAUUCACAGUACUCAUUUGGGUCUGUCUUUUCUGGGGUCAUAUCUGGUGCAAGGAGAUCGGUAUCCUCGGGCGCAUCGUCAGUUUUCCCUGGUGAGGUGAAGUAUACGUUUCAUAAUGUAUUUGGUAACGACAUGGGAGAGGCAAGUCAUGGCCAACAGCAGUUGAGAAUAGGGGAGAGCCGGUUGAACACCAACGGGGAUGCUCUUGACGGUGGAGUUGGUAUGCACGGCAUUGAUUUUGGAGUCAGUUUCACUGCAAAUGAGAUGAACGAAUGUGAGGAAAGCGACACUGAGAACGAAGGUGCAAUUUUUGAAGAAGAGGAAGAAGAGGAAGAGGAAGAAGAUGAUCAUGAUGAAGAAGAUGAUCAUGAUGAUGACGGUAGUGGUGGUGAUAUUGACUUGUCAAAUAGUAGUGAAACCAUCAGAAUGUAUCCAUCGUUGCAUAAUGGGCCUGUACCCAUAAUUUACAGGUGUAAGACAUGUUAUACUGAUAUUUGCCAUUCGUCUUUAAUAAUUUCGAAAGACUUUUGGGGAAAUAAGGGGAAUGCAUACUUUGUUAAAAAUGUCUUGAAUGUGAGGGAAAGUAAGUGUGAAACUAUGAAAAACAUGAGAACCGGGAGAUAUGGAGUUAAAUCGAUAACUUGCGUCCAAUGUGAUAGUGAAAUGGGCUGGAAAUAUAUAACCAGCGUUGACCCUGAUGAAAGGUACAAGGUUGGUAAAUAUGUUGUUGAGAGAAAUAUGAUGGACGUCUAUAAAGUCAUGUCCUAG